CCACACUGCCGGGAACCUGGACCAAGCACCCCCGGUUAAAAGCUUGCUCCUGACGAAUCUCGACUGCGGUUUCACAUUCCACGUGGGGGGCCGAGGUCUUAUAAUAAAGGGUGACCAGGAUAAAUCCCUUUUCCGUCUCUCCCUUCCACUACCUCUGUCCUGGGAUGCUGCUCGUCUGGGUUGCAUCCCCUCCACCAUGAAGAUCCACCAGUUUUUGUUUGCUAUAUUGCUAGCAGUGACUGCUGCUGCUGCAUCGUCAAACAGCACUGAAUUUCCUGAGUGUGCCGUGUCUUGUUUGGCCGAAGAAUCUCCCAGUUGCUCUAUAUACGAUGCGUCAUGUGUGUGUACCGGUGCUGCCAGCAAGUCAUCCCUCGUGACCUGCGCGGCCAGCAGUUGUACGGCGAAAGAUUAUUACAUCACCAGACAUCUGUAUGAACUCGAAUGCGGCCUCGCCAUCAAGAAGGGGCCCCUUCUCGUCGACCCAGCGACCCUCGCACCGGCCAUCCUCGCGACCAUCUUCUUUUUCGUGCGGAUAGCGGCUAAGCUGAAGAAUCUGGCUGGAGGCUGGGGACCGGACGACUAUACCGUCACAGCUGCAUGGGUUCUGGGAAUUGCCAUGUUUGUCGUCAAUACAUACAUGAUCAAAUACGGUUUCGGCAUGAAUUCCUGGGAUAUUCUCCCCUUUCAUCACAUCACACUCGUCUUCCAAUACUUCGAAGGACUCGCCAUGAUGUACAAGAUCCAGAUCUCGCUCUGCAAAAUCUCCGUCCUGCUGUUCCUGCUCCGCAUCUUCCAGUCCCGCGUGUUUCGUAUUCUCGCCUACAUACUCAUCGCCGUUAAUGUUUCCAUCGGCAUCACGUUUUCCUUGGUGGAUUUGCUUCGGUGCACACCAGUCCACCUAGACUGGGAUGGCUGGACAGGCGAGGACACCUCAGGCGGCAAAUGCAUCAAUUUCAUCGCGGCGAUCAUGGUGCACUGCCUGGUCAAUAUUUUCGUCGACGUCGUCAUUGUCAUCCUCCCAAUUUACGAAGUCGCCAAGCUGCAGUUGCCAUUUACAAAGAAAAUAACUGUUGCGAUGAUGUUCAUGAUGGGAUUGAUUUUAACUAUCGUCGCCAUCAUCCGAGUCGUGGUCUUCUGGGAACAUCGUUGGACCAACAACCUAACUGCCGGCCUCCACCCCCUAAUCCACUGGUCAAUCAUCGAGUCGCAAAUCGCCAUUAUGACCACCUGUCUCCCCGCCGCCCGGGCCUUCAUCACCCACUACGUCCCCGGUCUAGGCGGCAGUUCCGCUCGCAGAACCUACGCCCGCACCAACUCCCUGUACAACAACACGCCGUCCGGCGCGAACAGCAAGAUCUCCAAAUCGGUCAACAUCUCCGUUGACUAUACCACGCGGUCGGAGCGGGAUUCCACUAGCGCCGUUCAUCUGGUCGAAAUGGAUGGCCGAUACGAGCGGUUUUGAUGUUUCUUAUUUAUCUGUUGAUUCCCCCUGAG